AUGUCGGGGCGACGCGAUUUCCUCAACCAGGCUGCCCCUGAGAACUAUGUCGCUGGUCUUGGACGAGGCGCAACAGGUUUUACAACACGAUCCGAUCUUGGCCCUGCUCGAGAUGGACCUAGCGAGGAUCAGAUUAAGGAGGCUCUUGCGAAGCGUGCCGCUCAGCUAGGUCUUGCGCCGGAUAAGAAGGGCAAGGAUAAAGAAAAGGAUGAAGACGAGGGAGGUGACGAAGAACGAUAUCAGGACCCUGACAACGAAGUUGGGCUCUUCGCUGGCGGUGUGUACGACAAAGAUGAUGAGGAGGCCGAUAAGAUUUGGGAAUGGGUGGAUGAGAGAAUGGACCGAAGAAAAAAGCAGCGCGAAGCACGAGAGCAGGCCGAGAAGGACGAAUACGAACGAAACAACCCCAAGAUUCAACAGCAGUUUUCCGACCUGAAACGAGCUCUGGCGACUGUCACUGAUGACGAAUGGGCAAAUCUACCCGAAGUUGGCGACUUGACAGGCAAGAACCGGCGUAGCAAGCAAGCGUUGCGACAACGAUUCUAUGCUGUUCCGGACAGCGUCAUUGCAGCAGCGCGCGACUCGAGCGAGAUGGGAACAACAGUUAUGGAUGAGGGCACUUCUUCCAACGCCGGUGGCAGCGAUGCUGCAGAUGGUACAAUGACCAACUUUGCCAAGAUCGGCGCGGCUCGCGACAAGGUGCUCAAGUCCAGAUUGGAGCAAGCUGGGAGUGAUUCUGCUGCGCCAGGCACAUCCACUAGUAUCGACCCUCAGGGCUAUCUUACUAGCCUCAACAAGAUGCAGAUGAGUGAAGCGCAAGCUCAAGUUGGAGAUAUCAACCGUGUUCGCGAGCUUCUGCAGUCUGUUGUCAAGACGAAUCCCACAAACGCUUUGGGUUGGAUCGCGGCGGCGCGACUCGAGGAGUUGGCAGGCAAGAGUGUAACGGCAAGAAAGACGAUCGACAAGGGUUGUACACAGUGUCCUAAAAGUGAAGAUGCUUGGCUUGAGAACAUUCGACUUAACAGCGAUUCUCCAAAUGCAAAGAUUAUUGCACGAAGAGCUAUUGAGGCCAACAACACAUCAGUCAGACUAUGGGUCGAGGCGAUGAGGCUAGAGACAAUUCCAAGCAACAAGAAGCGAGUUAUCCGACAAGCGCUUGAUCACAUUCCUGAAUCGGAGGCUUUAUGGAAGGAGGCAGUGAACUUGGAGGAAAACCCCGAUGAUGCUAAGCUGCUCCUAGCCAAGGCCACCGAACUGAUUCCUCUCUCUGUGGAUCUCUGGCUGGCCUUGGCACGAUUGGAGACGCCAGAGAACGCCCAGAAGGUCCUCAAUAAGGCUCGAAAGGCCUGUCCUACGUCACACGAAAUUUGGAUCGCGGCUGCACGGUUACAGGAACAGCUCGGACAGGGCACCAAGGUCAAUGUUAUCAAGCGUGGUGUCCAGGUCCUGGCGAAGGAGUCUGCGAUGCCCAAGCGCGAGGAGUGGAUUUCAGAGGCAGAAAGAUGCGAAGAGGAGGGUGCCAUUAUCACCUGUCAGAACAUCAUUCGGGAGACUCUAGGUUGGAGUUUGGACGAGGAUGAUGAUCGCAAAGACACAUGGAUGGAAGAUGCAAGGGCAAGUAUCAACCGAGGCAAAUACGAAACUGCCAGGGCCAUAUACGCCUACGCACUACGGAUAUUUGUCAAUAGUAGAACGAUGUGGAUGGCAGCAGCAGACUUGGAAAGGAAUCAUGGAACCCGAGAGUCGCUGUGGCAAGUGCUGGAGAAGGCUGUGGAGGCGUGCCCUAAGAGCGAGGACCUAUGGAUGAUGCUGGCCAAGGAGAAGUGGCAGGCUGGCGAAGUGGACAAUGCUCGUCUCGUUCUCAAACGUGCCUUCAACCAAAACCCUAACAACGAGGAUAUUUGGCUUUCCGCUGUCAAGCUAGAGUCGGAAAAUGGCAAUGGCCAACAGGCCCGGAAGCUUCUGGAGAUUGCCCGCGAGAAGGCUCCCACAGAUCGUGUAUGGAUGAAGAGUGUUGUGUUUGAACGAGUGUUGGGCAACAUUGAGGCUGCUCUCGAUCUUGUCCUUCAGGCUCUUCAGUUAUUCCCGGCAGCAGCCAAGCUUUGGAUGCUCAAGGGACAGAUCUAUGAGGACCUCGGCAAAACUGGCCAAGCGAGAGAGGCGUAUGGCACAGGAGUCAAGGCUGUUCCCAAGUCUGUCCCCCUGUGGCUUCUGUAUGCCAGGCUUGAGGAGCAGGCCGGUCUUACCGUGAAGGCUCGAUCGGUGCUUGACCGUGCUCGACUUGCUGUACCAAAGAACGCGCAGUUGUGGUGCGAGUCGGUACGACUAGAACGUCGAGCAAGCAACACAGCCCAAGCCAAGUCAAUGAUGGCCAAGGCGCAACAAGAAGUCCCCAAGAGUGGUCUCCUCUGGGCAGAACAGAUAUGGCAUCUGGAACCCAGAACACAGCGCAAGGCCCGCAGUCUCGAAGCUAUCAAGAAGGUGGACAGCGACCCCAUCCUGUUUGUGGCUGUAGCACGCAUCUUUUGGGGCGAUCGUAAGCUGGAGAAGGCGCAAAACUGGUUCGAGAAGGCUCUUGUACUGGACAGCGACUAUGGCGAUUCUUGGGCUUGGUACUACCGGUUCUUAUGUCAACAUGGUACGGAGGAGAAGCGGGCAGAUGUGGUGACGAAGUGCGUGCUGAAUGAACCUCGACACGGCGAAGUGUGGCAGGCGAUUGCUAAGAAGCCCACAAAUGCGAGAAAGAGUUGUGAGGAGAUACUUAAGUUGGUGGCUGAUGAAUUGGAGCAAUAG